GAUACCGGCAAACGUUUGAUCGAACUACCCGCUAAUGAUCGGUGAUCGGCGGGCACACUGCCGGUGGUGGUAUUAUCUUGUCGGUAAUGCAUUAAUAAAUCAGCGCGAAAAAAUCGUUGAAAUGGUCAGAUAAUGAACACCGAUUCACUUCUAACUGGUUGACCCCGUCAAACACCCUACUGUGCGAACUGUGCCGAUUAAACCAACAACAAAAAAACGUGAAGAAGUUUGUGCGUGUGUGCCAGGCGGGACAGUUUGCUUAACCGCAAUAGUUCCACGUGUGUGGAAGGAUAACCUGAGAAGGGUACCUGCAUCCUUUAAAUCCAAUCAAACCAUUUUGCUUCAAGGACUAGACAAGGACAUGCUGGUGCAGUAUGCGAUAAGUGGACUGCUGGUGAUAGUGGGACAAUGCAUCCGAGAAAUCAAUGGCGAGUAUCAAACCAGCCUCACCUUCAACGAUAUCCUGCCGGAGGAUCCGAAGCUGUACGAUAAAAUGCGACCGCCGAAAAAGGAAGGCCAGCCGACGAGCGUUGCCUUCCACGUGACCGUGAUGGGGUUGGAUUCGAUCGAUGAAAACUCGAUGACUUACGCGGCUGACAUCUUUUUCGCACAAACGUGGAAAGAUCAUCGGUUGCGACUGCCGGAAAACAUGACGUCCGAGUACCGGUUGUUGGAGGUGGACUGGCUGAAAAAUAUGUGGCGGCCGGAUUCGUUCUUCAAGAAUGCGAAAUCGGUCACCUUCCAGACGAUGACGAUCCCGAACCAUUACAUGUGGCUGUACAAGGACAAAACGAUCCUGUACAUGGUGAAGCUGACGCUGAAGCUGUCCUGCGCGAUGAACUUUCUGAUCUAUCCGCACGACACGCAGGAAUGCAAGCUGCAGAUGGAAAGCCUGUCUCACACGACAGAUGACUUGGUGUUCCAGUGGGACGAGGAGGUACCAUUGGUUGUGGACGAGCACAUUGAGUUGCCUCAGCUGGCGUUAGUGAAAAACUAUACGGCUGACUGUACCCAGGUGUACUCGACUGGGAACUUCACCUGCCUGGAGGUGGUGUUCGUAUUGAAGCGUCGUCUCGGGUACUACCUGUUCCAUACCUACAUCCCAACCUGUUUGAUCGUAAUUAUGUCGUGGGUUUCGUUCUGGAUCAAGCCGGAAGCAGCACCGGCCCGGGUUACGCUUGGCGUCACGUCCCUGCUCACACUCAGCACCCAGCACGCGAAAUCGCAGGCUUCCUUACCACCGGUCUCGUACCUAAAGGCGGUCGAUGCGUUUAUGUCUGUCUGCACCGUGUUCGUGUUUAUGGCGCUGAUGGAGUACUGUCUGGUGAAUAUCGUGCUGGGUGAUUCGGAUCCACCGACACCAAAACCCCAUCCGCCCAAGAUGGAUAAAUUUUUCGACUUUACCGCCAAAAACGGGAAGCGCAACAGUAAGUCGCAUGAACAUACGCACGAGAUGCCAAUUACCACGUUUCAGCGACAGGAAAGCACGCUGCUGCUAUCGCCGGUACCGCACAUCCAGACGAUACCACCGCCUCCCAGCAAACCGGCCUCGGCCAUACCGAAGCUAACGCCGGCCCAGAUGCGACUGAAGCGAGCGAUCAACAUCGAUCGAUUUUCGCGUAUGUUUUUCCCGUUUCUGUUCACGCUGCUGAACGUCACGUACUGGAUCAUGUUCUACGAAUAUAUUUAAACUUGUACUUCUAUUAAGCGGUAGGUUAUGAAUGCAUGGUAACGAUCAUGUACCAUUUGUGGUUAUUUUUUUCUUCGGUAGGAAAAAACAAAACAAUCCCUUUGCGCUGUAGUGGGCAGAAAAUAUUUAACUCAAACUAGCUUUAGCAAACCACAACCUUAGGAAGAUUGAGCUGAAGGGAAGAAAAACAUGUAAAUUUUACAAAACACCGUACGCCUCCACGGAAACGAUUUCAAAUGCAAAAAGCAGGGUUAGUUGGACGAAAGAAAAGGCAGUUGAGAGCUGGUCGAAAAAUUGUGCAAAAUAGCAAGUUCUAAGUAGAACAUUCAUGCCAGUGUAAUUUAUUGAACUCUAGUAUAGGACGGUGAAAUUGUUACAUUUAAGCAACCCCCCCUUUUUCAUGCAAUUACAUGUGUACUGUACGAUUAGUAAAUGACGCUAACCAAUAGUUGUGAAAUAGUUUGAAAAAAACGUCGGGAACUAUUAGUCACUGCAUGUUUUCUUAUUUUGAGCGGGUUAGAAUAAUAUAAAUUGUGUACAAAGCAAGAGACGUAAAUCAUAAAAAAAAACAUUUCCAGUAAACAGACAGUUAAUUGAUAAUUUUAUUGUAAACUUAAAAAAAUAAUAAGAUACUAACAGUUUCACGAUAAAUAAAGGUUAGAAGAGUUUCGUGCUCU